AUGCAGGAAAGUGCAGCGACUGUUAUCAGAUUCCCUCUCAAGGGGACCCCUCCCACAGUAUCCAGCCACGUGACAUCGCUCAACUUGACUGGUGAGCUCAUCUCAACAGCCACUUUAACCGUCACGACCUCCGCGCCUCCGCGUCCGUGCGUAAAAGCGGCGCGCUGCCUCCCGGUUCUCGGCGCGGGCGCACACGGAUCCGUCGAGCGCCGCAGCGGACUCCAUUUUAGCUCCUCGGCCGCUCGCUGUCUCACGUGUCCUGGACUGUCUUUCUCACAUGACCCGUGUGUUUGUCCCCGUGAUCAGCGCUUCCAUCUCCGUAAAUCAGCGUCGUUGAAUAUUGGCGUUUUUUUUUUUUUUUUUUUUUUUUUUUUUUUUCUCAUCCACUCGCAAACCUUCGUGGACAUGCUGGAUCAGAGUGCGGACAGCUCGGCGAGUCACGAGAAACAGGAAACAGAAGAGGUGGUGCAGUUACAGGAAGGAGAAGUGGAUGGGGAGGAGCAGACGGCAGUGGCAAUCAGCGGCGUCUCGCAUGCGGCAUUCAGUGACCACAAUGUGCAGUACCAGUUCCGAACAGAGAACAGCGGGGGACAGGUGACCUAUCGUGUGGUUCAGCUGACAGACGAACACAUAGAAGCAUCUGACGAUUCCGGAGCCGUUAGCGUCGUCUCUACUGCUGCGUUUUCCGGAGCCCCUCAGGCAGUGACUCAGACUGUUAUCCAGAAUCCUUUCAGCAACGGGGGCAGUCCUGUUGGGGAGGAUGUGGGAGGACAGACACGCUUUGCAUAUUUCCCUGCUGCCGCCACGGUGAGCGAUGCAACAGCCGUGUCGGUGCAGGCCACCGCCGAACCAACGCUAACCCCGGCGGGAGGCCAGUUUUAUGUGAUGAUGAGCCCCCCUGAGGUGCUUCAGACAUCCCCUAGGACCAUCGCCCCCCGCACGCACACCUACACCGCCAAGGUGGAGGGUCCGCGAGCACUAAGAGACGAGAGGCGAAGAGCUCAACACAAUGAAGUGGAGAGACGGCGAAGAGACAAGAUUAACAACUGGAUCGUCACACUGUCAAAAAUCAUCCCCGACUGCAGCAUCGACAGCAGAACUGGAGCGAGUAAAGGAGGUAUCCUGUCCAAAGCGUGUGACUACAUUCGCGAGCUGCGCCAAAGUAACCAGCGGCUGCAGGAGAGCUACAAAGAAGUGGAGCAAGUGGAGAUAGACAACAAGCUGCUUCGACAACAGAUUGAGGAGUUGAAGAAUGACAACGCACUCCUUCGAGCGCAGCUACAGCAGCACGGUAUAGAAAGUAACGGAGAUUCAGCACCACAGUGACUAUGGACUUAAAAUGUCAAACACGACACCAAACUCUGAACAACACAGAAACGAUAUUAAAAUGGAAUCGUGUCAGGAUGCAUUUGCCUCAGAAAGUGGACCUGGGUGCCUGAAAACUGAAAAACUGAAAAGGCUUUGGUCACUUCCAGCUGUUUUAAAAGUUGGACACUCUUCAGUCUUUGAACUGGACGUUUCACCUGUGCUUCAUGGAGAAGAGCCACAGCCACACCAAACUAUUUAAAUGAUGAAAUCUCUUCCACAGAAAACUACUUCCCCUUUUUAUGAGAACAGAAGCCUGCUUUUGUUUAUUUGCUGUGUCUGAAAUUACUAAAUCUGAAUGAAAAGUCC